UAUCUCUUGUAACGGCAGAGAUUGUGUAUACCGAAAUUUCCCAGCCAGAACAAACAAGACGAGCCUCCCAUCCGUCAAUUGUAGUCAUGGCUCCCUCAAAGACUGUCGCCGUUGCGUCGAAAGAUGUCACUCCCUCGAUUGAUCCCGAGCAGACCCUGAAGGCCUCCAAGGCUCUCCUGGCGCACAUCAAGAAGGCCGCCAAGGAAAAGUCCCAAGAACCCGGCAAGAAGAACCUGCUCGCCGACCUCGACGAUGAAGAGGCCAACAUCGCCCAGCAGCCCAUCUGGCUGACCCUCACGACGAAGCGCCACAUUGCCGACACGACCCGUCUCAAGCCCGGCAAGAUCGCCCUGCCUCACCCGCUCAACUCUGACGAGGAGUCGACGAUAUGUCUCAUCACCGCCGACCCCCAGCGCGCCUACAAGAACAUUGUCGCCUCGGACGAGUUCCCCGCCGCCUUGCGCAAGCGCAUCACCCGCGUCGUCGACCUCGGCAAGCUCAAGUCCAAAUUCAAGCAGUACGAGGCCCAGCGCAAGCUCUUCUCUGAGCAUGACAUCUUCCUCGCCGACGACCGCAUCGUCAGCCGCCUGCCCAAGGCCCUCGGCAAGACCUUUUAUAAGACCACCGCCAAGAGGCCUAUCCCCGUCGUCAUCUCGGCCAAGGCACCGCGCGGCGACGACGGCAAGCGUGCUAAGCCCCAACCCAAGACCCCCGGCACCAUCAACGCCGGCACGCCGCAGGAGAUUGCCAACGAAAUCGAGAAGGCCAUCGGCGCUGCCCUCGUUAGCCUGAGCCCGUCGACCAACACCGCCAUCCGGAUAGGCUACGCCGGCUUCUCCGCCGACCAAAUCGCCGACAACGUCAACGCCGUCGUCAAGGCACUCGUCGAGAAGUGGGUGCCGCAGAAGUGGCAGAACGUCAAGAGCAUCUACAUCAAGGGCCAGGAGACGGCAGCCCUGCCCGUCUGGCUGACGGACGAGCUCUGGCUGGAGCAGAAGGACAUCGUCGCCGAUGAUAGCGAGCAGGCCAAGGCCAUCAAGGAGAAGGCCAACGUUGGCAAGAAGCGCAAGUCGAUCGGCGCCGCCGCCGAGGAGGACGAUGACGCCGGCGAGAUCAGCAAGCCCUCAGCGAAGAAGGCCAAGAAGGCCGCCGCCAAGGAGGCGCAGAAGGCGUUGCCCGAGAGCAACGACGAUGUUCUCAACAAGCAGAUUGCUGAGCGCAAGGAGAAGCUGAAGAAGCAGAAGGCUAAGGCUAAGGCCGCCCUGGACAACUAGACUUGUUUUUCCCCCCCAACCUGAUGACAGUGUCGCUACAUUAAGAGGGAGAAAGAGAAGGGUUUACGUGCGGGAUUAUACCAUGCAUGGUUUGCGGCGUACGGCGUUGGUUCCAACAAAAAAGUCAACCAUGAGAAGUCAAAUGGCUAGGGUUUUAUCAAUAGAAACUAGUAGUGUACAACUUUGUCCCCCCAUUUUAACUCCGCGUUCGUCCUGUCCCGGUUCCGUUACUCGACACACCCCCUUCGUCAUCCCGCC